AUGCUGGUCCUUGCCAUGCUCCUGCUCAUCCUCCCAGCCCUGGUGCCCCUAGCUGGCACUAGCAACCCAGGCCAGCCCUGCCCGUCAGAGAUGAACAAGGUCAAGGACCUCCUGGAGGUGAACUGCACGGGGCAGGCUCUCAGCACGGUGCCCCCAGACCUGCCUGAGGGCACAGGCAUCCUGCUGCUCAAUGCCAACCACCUGACAUCGCUCUCCAUCGCUGUCUUCCUGCCCCUCACCCAACUGCAGGACCUUGACCUGUCUGACAACAGGCUGGUGGCUCUGCACACUGGACCCAACCUGCCAUCCCUGAAGGAGCUGAUCCUCUCCCACAACGCGCUGGCAGCCCUGCCCACCCUGCAGGGCCUGCCUGUGCUCACCCGCCUGGCCAUGGCCCACAACAGCCUGGUGACACUGGCCCCAAGGGCUUUCCGUUCUGUGCCACGGCUGCAGGACCUGGACCUGCGAGGGAACCGGCUGCGGACACUGCCCCGGGAGGUCUUUGCAGGGCUGAAGGCACUCAAGGACUUGGACCUCUCGGACAACCUCCUGGAGGAGCUCCCCAAGGAGCUGCUGCAGGAUCUGCAAAAGCUGGAGACCCUCUGGCUCUCAGGGAACCGUCUGCGGACCCUGCCCACCGACUUCUUCCCUGAGGGGCACAUCUUCAUGUACGUCUUCCUCACUGAGAACCCCUGGCACUGCGACUGCGACCUGCGCUAUCUGCGGGCCUGGAUCCGGAUGAAUGAUGACAGUGUCUAUCAGCCGGAGCGCGGUCUGGAGAAGACAAAGGUGGAGGUCGCCCCCGAGAAGGUGCUGUGCCACAGCCCCGCCGAGCAUCAGCGGAAGCCCAUCAUCCGCUUCAAGCCCAACUGUGGCAACGUUGGGGAUGCAGGUGAAGAGGAAGAGGAUGAAUACGAUGAUGAGGAAGAAACAAGCGAGAAAGCUACCAUGAUCACCUUCUUCCCUCCACAGCCAUCCAUUCCCAAAGAGCACACUACCAUGCCCCAUGCUGCUACCUGGCCUCCCCUCACUACCACAGCACCUCCCCUCAGCACCCCUUGUACCUCCUCCCUCACCCCAAGCACUUCGCUUGCGAUGACCACAAGCACCAGAGCUCCGAGUACCACCACUUCUGUGCCAGCCAGUCCCACCGUCACACCCACACAGACCCCCAGCACUACCACCGCUGCUCCUGCCAGCACCCCGCACAGACCCACCACCCUCAUCUCUACCACCUCACUGCCAACCACCAUGAGCACCAGACCUCCCAGCACCAGCAGCCAUCCCCAAACCACCCUCACCGCUGGCACUACCAACACCUAUGCCACUCUCACGGUGCCCACUGGCACGUUUUCCACCACUUCGACGGCAGUGCCAUCUACUGCCAUGCUAGAGGCCUCUUACACUGUCAGAUCUUCACGUCCUCCUCUGACAUCGACCAUGCCAGUGGUCUCCACCAGGAUGCUUUCCACUCAUGCCCCAACACCACCACCUCCCCUGGACACCACACGCUUUACCCAGCCUGCACCUUCCCCUCCACCUGCAUCUCUCCCCCUCUGCCCAUGCUCUGCCCCAGGACUGGCUGUACCUGUGCUGCGCUCGUGGGCAGGUGGGGAGGGUCCACAGUGGGGGCAGUGGGUGCUGAGGCACUGCUGCCUAUUGCACUGGGUGCUCUACCUGGCCUCCUUGGCUCUGCUGGUCCUGACCGUGCUGGCUGUAGCAGGCUGGCUGGUGUGGAUGUGUCUGGUGGGACGGCCCUCCUGGCACAAGUCCCUGCAGACCCAAGAUGUGCAAUAUCCGCUGCUGAGGUGGAGGGAGUCAACAGGAAGCCCUGAGAUGCAUCUCAGCAGCUUCAAAAGCCCCCUCCAGCGCCCCACAUUCUGUACCAUCAAGGAAGUUGAGUUGUGCCCUGAGGUCACUUACUGCACGAUGAAAGACCUGGUGAUACAGCACCGUCCUCCUGCAAGUUCCUCCUUCCGCACCACAAAGGAGCUGUGGGUCCACCAUAGUCCUCUGAAUGCUUCGGUCAAGUCUUUCUCCAGGAAGAUGAUGGUCCCAAACCCUGGUUCCCUGAGGACCCCGUCUGCUUACAGCCUGGACAGGGGUGUCAAGGCCAUUGGUGAUGUGAGAGUGAAAUAUGCUGGCAACACCUUGUAA